UACAACACAUCACAAGCAAGAACCGCUAGCCUAGAAGGAGCUCCGUCUAUCCCAAUCAUAAUUGCAAAGAACUGCCGAAAACAACAGCUGUGAUACAUUUACUGUUCUUCCAAUCGCUUGUAAAGCUGAAUUAUUUCCUCUGUACGACGGACAUUCCACUGGUGCUUGGAUAGACGAUUCCGCAUCGACAGCCAAAAGGGGACAAAAUGCGAAAAUUACGCGGAGGACAAACUAAAGAAACGCGCAAACAGCGCCAAGAGCGGAAGGAGGAAAAUAUGAAAAUCCAGCAACAGAUGAAAACAAUAGUAUUGCCUACGGUAGGAGUGAUUUUUCUGUGCAUAGUGGUGUACGUAUUUCUAAAAACUCGUCCUCGAUACGAAGAGCUCUAGUGAGGCGAUGAAGAUUUGUGGCAAGGAAAUUCCUUGCGUAUAUGUAUGUGUGUUUUUUUUAUUACUUUUGGCGGGAUGCGGACCAUGGUGUAACCCAGCGUGGAAGGUUCUACUUACGUUGCAAUAUAUUUAAAACAGAUAAUCGCAGCCCUCUGAUCAUACGCACAAAAUGAUUCUAUGUACAAUGUUUUGUGAAUAUAGCGACGGAUUAUAUUUACACUCCAAAUUUGUCCAAAUUUUGUCUGUUAUCCUUGUGGUGUAAUCCGAAACUGCAACAAACCGAAAAUUUUAAAAGUGAGUGAAUAAAAGCAGAGAUAAGAAAUCCCAGC